CCGUCGGCCAGGCCAAAUGUCAGCUGACUCUCUGGGGCACGAUUCCCUGCACCGAGCUGGUACUUGUCCACAAUACUGUGCUCGAACGAGCAGGCUUCAGCUGGAUCGAACAGCGGCCGCCGGUCGUGGAUUCCGGAUGCUGUGGGACGAGCCUGGCAGGUCGUGACAGAAGCCUCCGACGGCACCUCUCCACACACGGAUACGUUCCGGAGCACGGUUCCGCUGAAACGUGUUGGAAGAGGUCACGCACGGGAGUGUCACCCUCGCUAAUUAGGAGACGCUCGGAUUUACCAAUCGUCGCCGCGACAGUGAACGCAGCAACUCGCGGUUGUGGGACUUGUAGUCUUUUGGCACGCGCGCGCCGGUCGCCUCCUGCGCCACGGGAAACUACAAGUUCCAGAUGCACCGGUGCGGAAGCGGCGCAUCACAACACUGCGAGGUCUGAGCAGCGGCCGCGCGGGGAAGAUGUCUCACGUUGUGAAGAAAAGAAAAGUCGACAAAAGCCGCCAGGACACGCUCUACUUUGACAGCUACUCCGACGUGACCAUCCACGAGGAGAUGAUCGCCGACCACGUGCGGACCAGCACCUACCGGACGGCGAUCCUGAGGAACGGCGAGUCCUUGCGGGGGAAGGUCGUACUGGACGUCGGGGCGGGAACCGGCGUUUUGAGCGUCUUCUGCGCGCAGGCCGGCGCCAGGAAGGUGUUCGCCGUCGAGGCCUGCUCCAUCGCCGAGCAGGCUGCCAGAAUAGUCCGGCACAACGGCCUGCAGGACCGCAUAGAGGUGAUCCGAGGCACGGUGGAGACGGUGGAGCUGCCGGAGUCGGUGGAGGUGAUAGUGAGCGAGUGGAUGGGCUACGCCCUCCUGCACGAGUCCAUGCUCAACUCGGUCCUGCACGCGCGCGACAGGUGGCUGAAGCCCGGCGGCCUCAUCCUGCCGAGCAAAGCCGAGCUCUACAUCGCACCGGUCAGCGACCCGGUGGUGCAGGACCGCCUGCGCUUCUGGGGCACCGUCAAAGACCAGUACGGCGUGGACAUGUCCUGCAUGUCCGACUUCGCCCGGAGCUGUAUCAUGAACUCCGACAUCACGGUGAACUCGGUGUCGGUCGAGGACGUGCUCUCGCACCCGGCCCGCUUCGCCGAGCUCGACCUGUACUCGGUGACGGCGGAGGAGCUGCGCUCGGUGAGGGGCCAGUUCCGGUGCGAGUCGUUCGGCUCGGCGGCGGUCAGCGCGUUCUGCGUCUACUUCACGGUGACCUUCCCCUGCCCGGACAAGCCGCCGGCGCUCGUGCUCUCCACGUCCCCGUUCAAGCCGGAGACGCACUGGAAGCAGGCGGUGCUGUACCUGGACGCCCCGGUGGACGUGGUGCAGGACACGGUGGUCGCCGGGGAGGUCAGCCUGUACCCCUCGGAGGACAGCGCCAGACACAUAUGCAUCCGCGUGGACUACACCAUAGGAGAGCAGAAAAGACAGUCCAAGACCUUCUCCAUGCCGGACUGGAGCUCUGAGGCGCAGGCGUAGGGGACCGGCGGUCCACUUCACCGGUCUGUUCACCGCGGGGCGCAGCAGUGACUCUACCUCAGACCAGUCUGCUGAACCGUCGUUGCGGUCACAUGUAAAAAAAAAACAGUGGGAGCUCAGGAGGCCUCAGGCAAGCGCGCGGAGGGACUGCAGCACACGCACACGCACACACACACACACACACACACAGUCUGACAACUUUUAGUGCAGUUUCUGAGUAGACACACAAGCACAGGGCGGCUACUACAAUCCACCACCUGACCUACGGCGCGUGUUCUUAGCUCGGGGCCGACCUUUUGUCUUCGCCCCCGAUAAGUGACUUGGCACAUUAAAACAAAAACGGAGCUCCCAUUUGAUCAAACUCGCUCAACCAGACCAACACGUGUGCUGGAAGCCGGCGCCGGCGCGUUGGUGCUGCUCACACGACCACUUUCACGCCGGGACGCUGCCGCCCCGUCGAGGCCGGGCAGCUUAGUUCUCUUGUCGUGGUGAAAAAAAACAGCGCUCCAGCUUCACCGGAGACUGAAACUCCGCUGGAAGUCGGGCGAGCGGAAUAGUUCCAGCUGGAUGUGGAGCUCCUUACAGCAGAGCGAGGCGGCUUUUACAGUCAGGGCCGGGUCGCACACAUCUGAUAUUCUAAUCAAGUCAGUCGUGCAUAUUGUGUGGACUGGGAUCGGACCAAUAUAUUGACUGGGACUAGCUGUAGUCAGACAGGAGGUGCUUGACUUUGGCCGCUGUUCAGCUUCUUUUUAACGAAGGGGCCAAAUUGGCUCAGCCUUUCUGCUUUAAAACUAGCACACACUGUCAUGGGAGAGAAGCCGCCGACCGAAUUAAAACUUCCAGAUUCUUCCUCAGCGUUCUGCAAGAUGGCGGCGCCUCUGCUGCCCGUCCGUACGGCGGCGUUUCCUCUCGCGGUCCCUUCACCGUCGCUGACAAUCGAGGACGAAUCCUUCUUAUUUAGCAAAGUGAAUACUCCGAUGGCCACUCUUAAUGGUUUACUGCUGAUCCAGAACGGUAAACUGGUCACUGGUCGGCCACCGACUCGUACCUCGGAGCGGGUUGGAGUGGGUUCAAGUGACGGAGUUUGGUGAAGUGACACGUGUGUGUGUGUGUGUGUGUGUGUGUGUGUGUGUGUAAAAGAGAAAUUGUUUGCUUGCCAGCUGUGUUCGUUGCCGAACAUAUGGGAACUAGACCUGUAAUAAAUUGCUUGAACGUUC